UGACAACGAGGGACUUGAGAUCAGCCAGCGCGCCCCAACACCACCAUGUCUGCAGACCAAGAUACACCAGCUGUGCCAAAGAAAACGAGGAAACCUAAAAAGGCCAAGGCCGCUCUGAGCAGCGAGGUUGUCGAGGGGCCUGAGAGCGAGGUCGGACGCAUCGCCGACGAGAUUGUAGCUGCUGCUGUACAACCCAAGCCCAAGGCAAGAAGAAGAAAGAGAGCCACUACCGAGGGCGAGGAAAUCGAUGGGGUCGAGGGCGAUGCUGGCACGAUGCGGGAAAAGAAGCGCAAGGGACGACCACCACGGGAGGCUACCCCACCAGAUGCAGAAAACCAGGUCAUCGACCCCGAUGUUACUUACAUGGACUCUCUCGCCGCCCGUACAGUCCGCUGGGGAAAGCUGUCUGCCCGAGAGAAGGAAAUGCGUACCAUAGACUGGGAGGCGGUCAAACGGCGUCGGAGGGAGGAAGACUCGAAGGUCAUAAUGUCCAAAGCAGAACAGGAAGCAGCAGACAGGGCUCUAGCCGAGGCAGGGGCACAAAUCGCUGCACAAGCCGAACAAAGACCUCGACUCCGACUGAACGCAGAUGGUAUCAUGGAGCUGGAACCCGACUCUGGAACAAUCGAUCGAGGAGGUGACGCGGAAAGGGAGCUGGACGCAAUGGUCGUCACUGAAGACCAAGACAUCACCGCUCGCCUAACCACCCGUAGCUUCAUGAAAAACAACAAGCGUUUCCCCAAUGAGUUUCUCCUACCAGGCCAAGGACGCCGCUGGGAUAGCGAGCUUACCGAACUCUUCUAUCAGGGCCUCCGAUCUUUCGGCACCGAUUUCCAAAUGAUAUCCCAAAUGUUUCCAGGCUUUACACGGCGCUCCAUCAAAACAAAGUUCACCCGUGAAGAACGCGAGAACCCUCAAGGCGUCAAGGAAGCUUUGCAAGGUCGCAGCGAACUGACCAAUGGUGGCUGGAGCGUCUUCCUCGAGAAAUCGAACAAGACAGAAGAGUCGUUUGCUGACGCAGAUGAGAUCAAGCGUCAGAUGGCUGCCAAGGAAGCAGAGUUUAAAGAACGCAUCGCAGCCGCACACGCAGAGGCGCAGGAAAGGAAACGCCAACGAGAGCUAGCUGGCAUUGACGAAGACGGAAAUCCCUUGGGUGACGGAGCUGCGAACAAGGAAAAUGGCAAAGGAAAGAAAAAGAGGGGGAAAAAUAAGCAAGUAGCAUUUCAGGAAGAGCAGGGCGUGGAGAUUGUGGGACAUGUUGGUGACGACGAUACCUGGGGCCAAGAGUGAGCUUUGUGGGAGUAGAAAAUCCAUCAGAUGGGUAUGUCCUAGUAGUUGAAUGGGUGAUGGGGAAUCACCUGAAUUUGCAAGCUAGCCAUGCGACAAUACGACUCAAUGGUUAACGAAAUACGAUACCCAACUAAAGAAAUUUUUAUUGAAAAAGUUUAGCUUUUCCGCUUUGAUCACAUAUCUAUCUUACUUCCUUCUGUACAUUUAUCGAAAUGAAAACAUUGGACAU